AUGUCAGAAAAGGUGCCAGAGCAUACUGGCCCCAUCGAGGCCAAUGGCGAAGCCGAGCAUACCGCAAAGAAGCCGUCAACUCUCUUCCCAAGCAUCUCCGGCAAGGUCAGGGACUUCGAUUCUUCCAUUGCGAGGCAUGUGCUAGAGCCUGAGCAAAAAGAGCUAGAGCCAGCAGCCAGAGUCUUAGAGCCUCCAGGGCGAGUGUUCCGAUUCACGGGCACUGUCAAGCUCCAUGGCGCGCAUAUGGACAUCGUCGUGCACCAGGACGGGCAUACAGUGUGCCGGUCACGGAAUGUCGAGGACCUCGCUCCAGAGACGGACCACUACGGCUUUUUCGCAUUUAUUUCAGCUCGACAAGCUGCAGUCUCAAGCUUCGCAGCGAAACUGAAGGCACGAUGGUUGGACCUGCACUCAGAUGCUGAGAUCGGAGCAAAGCCGAUGAUAAUGGCGGGCGAGUGGAUUGGUGAGAAGAUCCAACGAGGUGUCGCUAUCUCCCAGCUCCCGAAAUCGUUCGUCCUUUGCUCCCUGAACAUUGCCGACACGUGGGAGGCUAUCGAGUCCUAUGCCGGCAUCGAGGAAUCAGAGCACCGCAUCUACAACAUCUCCAGGGGCGGCUUCUUCCACGUUGACUUCGACUUCACCGUCGAGGGCGCGGCUUUCUUGGAACAGGCAAAGGCCCUCACGGCGCAGGUCUGCUCGAGGUGUCCGUUUGGCGAAGCCUUGGGUGCAAUAGGAACCGGUGAGGGCAUUGUUUGGACACCAACACCAGACUCAGGACUGCCGCAUACUUCAGAUUUCUGGCUUAAGACCAAAGGCGACCGAUUCAUGAAAGUGUCCAGAGGCCCAAAGCUGCCGGACCCGGCAAAGGCGGAGCAGCUCGAGAAGGAGAAAUCGUUUGCUACAGAACAGUGUACCGAUGAGAGACUCGAACAGGCGUGGGCAUACCUGCUGGAAAUGGGCAUUCCGCGAGAUAAGCCAGGUGGCAACAAAUACAGAGAAUGGCUCGUGGAAGACAUCGAGAAGGAAGAGAAGUGGGAGAUAGGAGAGCUUGGCAUCGGCAAAACAUGGAAAACCCAUGUUGGCAGGAUCGCUAAGAGGUCGUACGACGAAAGGAUGAAGCAAAAAGAAGCACUUCCGAAUUGCGACUGA